UACAACGCAUUUUGAGUUUAGACGCUGACCGAUGUGGGCCCACAGUAGAACUCACCAUCCUUGCUACAGCGCCAGCUUUGACUUCAUGGACAUGAUACGAAAUUCUCUGUCCUAUACGCAGCUGCCGCAAAGUGAUGGUGAUGUCAUGGAAGAAUUCCGAAGAAAUGGAAGAGAGGUUCCUAUUGAUGAUUCAACUAUGCAGUGGGAGUCUAAUUUUAAUCUGUUGUAUGCACAUAGUAGACACAUUGAAACACAAUAUUGUUUGCAGAAAGAUUGUUCGCCAAGCAUAUAUGCAAAGAAAGGCAUAUGGUGUGCAUUUUGUAGGAAUAAUGGUGAAUCUGAUAAGAUUUUUAGAAGCCAUCAGCUGAAAGAUAACUAUGGUAAAACAGUUUGUCCCAUUCUUCAAAAGUAUGUAUGUCCACUUUGUAAAGCAACUGGUCGUGAGGCUCAUACAGUGAAGUACUGUCCAAGAAACCCCAAUCCUCUUCCUGUGGCACUCAUGAAUGUCUUGAAAGCACAAAGGUCAGAAACAAGCAAAGCUCGUGUAAAGAGAAAUCGAUACUAGAGUCACUGGAUGUUUGCUGUAUUGUUUUAUUUUUUAUAUGUACUGUCCGUGUUUAAACACCAGUACAUGGAUUAUUUUUAGAUUUGUUACUGAUAAGAUAUUUAUUAAAAUAUCAAGAUUGUUAGCCUGAAGUAAAAUGUUUAAUUUUGUUUAUAAUUUUAUAAGUAUGCUGUACUUGUUGAUUUGUGCAUUGUAGUAGGCAUGCAAAUAUAUUAAAAAGUGUCCUUGAAUAUUGGAAACUACAUGACAAUGUUACUUUUGUUAACUUUACGUUAACAUUAUUAUUUAAUGACAACAUGAAGUGCUUUAUAGUGAUCACUGAAGAAAAUUCUUGUACAAACGUAUUUUAAGUGUUUUUAUGUAGUUAUAUCUGUUACGAAAUUUAUUAUUUUUAAAUGCUUCAUAUGGAGUGAGAUAACAGGUACAGUAGCUCAUAUCCUAACAGCAGCCAGUUUCCUAUAAAUUUGACAGUUUUGUAUAGGGCUUUUGUGUUAGUUCACCAGAACUGCUAGUUUUUGUACAUUUGUAGGCAAAAAUCUUCUUCCUGUUAUGCAGUCAUUUGGAAACAAUUUUUAAAUGUUUCAUGCAGUAACAGUGAAAUAAAUUCACCUGAAGUUUUUUCAGAUGGUGGACUUAAGAAAUAAUUGCUGCUAACAGAAAUCAUAUUUUUUUAAAAUUUUUGAUCACUUUUUGAUUCAUUUGAGGAAGAACGGAGUUUGAAUUUAACUUCUGACAUUGAUAACAUUUUUAUAGUUGUACCAAAAAAGUUAGUGUACCUGUGAAAUACUGUUAAUAUUUUACUGUUGAUAAUGUGGAAGUCCUUUGUGAUUAAAAUAUCGGAAGCAAAUUGUAGAUUCAAUCAUGCUGUAUAUAUAAUGCUCCGAAAUUUGGUGAUAUGAGUAGUCACUACUGUUGGGUCAGAUGAGACAUGAAUUGUAAUGUUACAACAAAUUUUCACAAAGUUUUUGAAUUGGACAAGUUAUUUCUUACCAAAAUUGCUGUUUAUCUCAAGAGAGAUUGCCAUUCUGCAUGUGUCAUCAGCUGUAUAAAACUAUCCAAAUAGUGAUGAACAUGAAAGUAAGCUUAGGUCACUAGUUCUAAACUUAUUCUUCAUGCUUAAAAUACUUAAAUUAUUCAAAGUGCUUCUGAUCUGUUUAGAAUUUCAUUUUGUAAAACUUGAUGUUGCACUUAAAAUCUAGAAUUGGUUGUGCAAGUAUGAAUAUAACUCACAGGUCAUGAAGUUUUAAACAGUAUUAUGUAAAUAAUUUUAUUAGGCAUGAAUGCUACUGAAUGGUAAACAUUUUAGUACAAUGAAAUUGGCUUUGUAAGAUAAUGCAAUUUUUUUGUGUGCCUAUUGUUACCUGUUUUCGUUUAAUGAAAUGUAAUUUCCCUUCCGCAACAAUCACCUGAGAGUCUAGGUCUAAAGUUCUAUGAAUAAUUCAAAAUAGACUGGAAUAAAAGAAGCCUUCAAAAUGUUACACCUCACUUAUUUGGAGAAUAGAUCAGGGUUUUAAAUUUUGCUGCUUGCGCUAAGUAAAAAGAAUGUUCAAUUUCUCUUUUAUUAUAAAAUUUUCUGUGAAUUAGAAUUUUUUCAAAUUCAAAAUACUGUGUACAGUUGAAGGAAAAAGUAAAAUUGUUAAAAAUGUUUUUCUUUUUCCCUGUUUGUCUUGAAGUUGUGUUUUGGUGUGAUCUCCAAUGAAGACAAGCUGUCGCUGAAUGUGAAGCUUUAAAAUGUGUUAAACUGCUCAGUCAGUCUAAAAAAUUAUCCCAUUACA